GGAAAAGGUUCUCUCAACUGCACAUAAUGUGAUGUUGAAAUACGUGCCAUCUUCAACUCUCAAACUCCACCAAACAUUCUAACACUGCAGCCCACUUAUUCAUCAUGGAUGCAGCAACAAACCCCCUCAGUGAGAGCCUAAUGAGCAAGCACCACCCUCAUCAAUCAACAAACAAACUAAGCAUCCUCAGAGCUUUCUCAUGCUGCAGCGGAAAGCGCUUUGGUGGAAAGAAAAGCAGUGGAGGACCACGGUCUGACGCAGAGGAGAGAGUCUAUACAUGGCUAUAUGCCCUGGCCAAAGCUGAAAAGAACUUGAUCUUUGAGUUUGUUAGGUCCACUAAGAGAGGGUUGAGUUUUAAGGAAGCAGAAAGGAGAUUGAAAGAAGAGGGACAAAAUAUACCUGUUCAUGAUACUUUUCCUAGUUGGUGGCAGCUUCUCUGGAAGGCUUUUUUACAUCCUUUUAAUAUUAUCCUUAUUGUUAUGGCCACCCUAUCGUACGUGGCAGAUGAUAAUGCCAAUGGAUGCAUCAUGCUCAUACUUGUUCUGAUAAGUGUAAGCAUUAGAUUCCACCAGGAAUAUAAUAGUUCAAAAGCAGCCAAGCAACUGUCCAAACUGGUAAGAUCUUCAGUUAGAGUGCAGAGAUGUGCUGGAAAAAUUUAUCAAACGGAACUUGUAGUUCAAAUUGAUCAGAGAAAUAUAGUACCUGGUGACAUUAUUCCUUUUGGUCCCGGGGAUCUCUUUCCUGGUGAUGUAAGGCUAAUAACAUCGAAGGAGCUGGUCGUAAGUCAAUCCUCACUGACAGGCGAAUCAGGCAUGACGGAAAAAGUAGCAGAUAUUACAGAAGAGUCAAAUACUUCUUUGCUAGAUCUGAAGAACAUAUGCUUUAUGGGGACAAGCGUGAUAUCGGGGUGUGGAACAGGAUUAGUCAUAUCAACAGGCUCAAAUACUUACAUGAGCACCAUAUUUUCAACAUUAGGAAAAGAGAAACAACCUGAUGCUUUUGAGAAAGGAGUCCGGUGUAUAUCUUACACACUCAUUUGCAUUAUGGUUGUGGCAGUCCCCAUAAUAAUCUUGUCUGAUUACUGGAAAUCUCACAACUUGAGCAAGAGUAUCGUAUUCGGCAUCUCCGUUGCAGUCGCGUUGACUCCACAGAUGUUUCCUCUCAUUGUGAACACCAAUCUUGCAAGGGGAGCAAUUGUUAUGGCGAAAGGCAGAUGCAUUGUUAAGAGCGCAUCGGCCAUACAAAAAAUGGGAUCAAUGGAUAUCUUGUGCAUCGAUAAGACGGGAACUCUCACCAUGGAUCGUGUCAUAAUGGUUCAUCACUUGGAUGCUUGGGGAUUUUCAAAUGAAAUUAUUCUAAGGUUUGCAUUUUUGAAUUCAUACUUCAAAACUGAACUAAAAGGACCCAUUGAUGAUGCAAUUUUGGCAUACGCAUAUAUAAAUGGAUACCGAUUCCAGGCAUCUAGUUGGAGAAAAAUAGAUGAAAUUCCUUUCAAUUUUACAAGAAGAAGAAUGUCUGUUAUUGUCGAAACAAGUUUAAGCAUAAAAGAUGAUGAAAAUUCUCACAGUGCUGAUAUUAUCAGAUAUGUGAUAACAAAGGGAGCAUUAGAAGAAACUUUGAACUUAUGUACCUCAAUUAAACAUGUUGAGAGUGAUGCAAAUGUAGCACUAACUUCGGAAGAUAGGCAGCGAAUCCUUCGAAUGAAUGAGGAACUGAGUAAUGAUGGAUUACGAGUCCUUGGCGUAGCAAUGAGAAGGAUAUCAAAGAGAGCUCACACUAUGGCCAUCGACUACAGAACAGUGGAAUCAGGCAUGAUUUUCCUAGGUAUCAUCUCCUUCUUGGACCCACCAAAGGAUUCAGCAGAACAGGCAUUGUGGCAGCUUGCAGAGAGGGGCGUGAAGGCAAAGGUCUUAACCGGCGACUCCCUCAUUCUAGCAAUAAAGGUCUGUCGAGAGGUCGGCAUCAGCACAACCCAUGUAACAACCGGUCCAGAUCUCGAUCUUCUUGAUGAAAACAAAUUCCACGAGACCAUAAAAAGAGUUACAGUUCUGGCCCGCCUCACUCCAAUUCAAAAGCUUCGAGUCGUUCAAUCUCUACAGAAAGUUGGCAACCAUGUUGUCGGGUAUUUGGGCGAUGGGAUCAAUGACUCGCUAGCACUGGAUGCUGCCGAUGUGGCAAUCUCCGUUGACUCAGGAGCAAGCGUGGCUAAGAACCUCGCAGACAUAAUUCUACUUGAAAAAGAUCUAAAUGUCCUCGUCUUGGGUGUUGAGAAUGGUAGGCUAACUUAUGGAAACACUAUGAAGUACAUAAAAUUGUCCUUAGUUGCAAAUAUCAGUGGUGCUUUCUCUCUCCUCAUCGUGACGAUCUUUCUACAGUUUGAACCACUCACUCCGAAGCAGCUUCUUACCCAAAAUUUUUUGUAUAACUUGGGGCAGAUUGCAAUUCCAUGGGAUAAAAUGGAAGAAGGAUAUGCAAAGAAUCCACAAAGAUGGUCUUCAAAAGAACUACCGAUUUUCAUGCUAUGGAACGGGCCGGUUUGCUCAUUAUUCGAUAUUGCGACCUUCUUGUUACUUUGGUUUUAUUACGGGGCCAAUAAGGCUUCGGCUUCUCAGUUCUUUCAUUCUGCUUGGUUCGUCGAAGGGCUUCUUAUGCAAGCACUUAUAAUUCAUAUGAUCAGAACUCAAAAGAUUCCAUUUAUUCAGGAUACGGCGUCAUGGCCUGUUAUGUUAUCAACAAUCGCGAUAUCGGCAGUUGGGAUCAUUAUCUUGUUUACACCAAUUGGGGAAGUUAUGGGGCUAAUUGGACUUCCGCUAUCGUAUUUCUGCUUUUUGGUGCUGCUUUUUCUUGGGUAUUUUACGCUCGGGCAGGUUGUAAAGAAGGCAUACAUUAUGAUUAACCAGAAAUGGCUAUAAAAAACUCGACUUUUUCUGUGUCAAAUGUAUAAUGAAUGAGAUUUCAUUUCUCAA